AUGUCUAGAAAUUCGACAGCAAGUAAUGCUGUCGAUUUGUCUACUCUUAAUCCCCAACCGAAAUACAAGUUUGGGGAUGGUGGAAGUUCCAAAGCUAGUCGUACUUCGGGAGGAAAUAAUACUUCAAGAAGUUUCUAUGCAGUCACGAUCGCUAGUAUUUUCGAAGGGAAGGGAUUGACAACUGGAUCUGUUGGAAUGGCAGUCAUGGAUGUUCGAACUUCGAAUGUGGAUUUGUAUCAGUUCAUAGAUUCCACUUCUUACACCAGGUUGAAAACAAAAAUUCAAGUAGAAGAUCCUGUUGAGAUUAUAUUAGCCGAUUCAUUAAACGAUAGGUCAGGAGGAUUACUAUUAACAGAAGCUCUCAAACAUGCCUUACCUGAAGUUACAAUCACAACAGUUCACAAGAGGUAUUUCCAUGACGAAAAAGGUGCCACCUUGAUACGACAACUGGCUAACGCUGAAAUUUCGAACUGUGAUACAGUGAUUCAACAACAAGAAAAGCUCGCUAUGGCUGCUUGCGCAGCGCUUGUAAAAUAUGUGGAACAUGUACAGAAUUUGCUGUUUAUGGGGAACUCUUUGCGUUUCACUUUCUUAGACGUUGAAAGAUCCUGCAUGAUUGACGCUGGAUCAUGGAAGAAUCUUGAGCUUAUUGACCCUGUGGGUGUUCCCAAAAUAGCCAGAACCAAAGCAAGUUUGCUAACAUUGAUAGAUCAUACAAUUACAAAUAGUGGAGCUCGGCUGUUGCGAAGUAAUUUAUUGCAACCUUCUGCUGAUCCAGAAGUUCUCAACAAGAGAUACGAUGCUAUUGAAGAGUUGUUGGAUGAUCAUCAUUUGCUGGAGCGUUUACGAGAUGCACUAUCCAAAGUGCAUGACUUGGAGAGCGUAAUAACAGUGUGUUCGCAUAAAGCGAAAGAAAGAAAUUUACAAUCCUCUGAACAUAUGAUUAUGCAGCUUUUGAAACUCAAGCAAACGUUAGAUAUUGUUGGCGCCCUGCAUCAAAUCUUCGAAAAUGUCAGAGCUGAGCUUUUGACUAAUCUAAGGAAGGAAAUAUCAGACAGCCGUAUAGCUGCCAUCUAUGAAUUGCUAGACGAUGCACUUGACAGCUCAGUUUUGAUUGCAACGAAGAGGAAUUCUAUAACAGUAAGAAAUCAAAAAUGCUUCGCUAUCAGGGAAGGAAUAUCUGUUCAUUUGGACGUAGCAAGAAAAGCUUAUGAAGAGCUUUAUAGAGACAUUGAACGUCAAGCUUAUGAAACUGAAAAGUAUCUCCCAGGAGAGAAUACAAGGCUAGCCUAUUCCGCGGCGCGGGGGUUUCAUUAUCUCUGGGUGUGUAAGAACGCGAGCACGGUGAAAGUUCCAUCGUUUUUCACAAACGAAGUGAGAAACCGAGCUUCCAUCACUUUUACUUCUAGGAAUCUCAUUAGAUAUAAUGAUCGAAUUAACCAGUCCGUCGCUGAGGUAAUGUUUUCGAGCGGUAGUAUCGCUGAGGAAAUUACUGAGAAGAUAUGUCAUCUCAUUCCCGGAGUGUACAAAGUCAUCGACUUUUUAGCAAGCUGCGAUUACUUAUGCAGUUUAGCACUAUACGCUUAUAGCACUGCUACUUCUCGUCCUCAAUUCGGGCCAUCGUUGUUAUUGAAAAACGGUAGGCACCCUCUAUUGGAUUAUAAAGAUCAAUCGAAUGUGAUUCCAAAUGACACAUACUUGACACCUGAUUCCCGAUUUGCUAUUAUCACGGGACCUAAUAUGGCUGGAAAGUCCACUUACCUCAAGCAGGUGUGCCAAUUGAGCAUCUUAGCACAAGCGGGAUCUUUGAUCCCUGCCGAAUUCGCUACAAUCCCCGUUUUCUCGAGAAUAUUCUCAAGAGUUGGACAUAACGAUUCACUUGUGGAAGGGCUCUCUGCUUUCUCAUUGGAAAUGAGAGAUAUGUCCGCGAUUUUGCACUACGCUGAUAGCAGAUCCUUGAUAGUUAUUGAUGAAUUAGCCAGAAGUACUUCUACCGAGGAAGGAUUGAGUAUGAGUUUUGCAAUUGCUGAAGAACUGCUUCACAGAGAGUCAUACACUAUAUAUGCUACUCACUUCUUGGAUAUUUCUGCUUUAGAUUCCAGAUACACUGCAGUUGAGAAUUUUCAUUUCAAUCCACAAGUCGAACGUCUGGAUGAUGACAUAGAGAGUAUUCAAACAACUCAUAAACUGUACAAAGGACCCUAUACUGGACCGUUAUACGGUAAGUCAAACUUUAUCAAUGAAAAAUGA